AUGCCGAUCGCGGCCCUCCCCCCAACGACCAUCCGAGCGAUUGGUUCCGCAUCGGUCAUCUCAGAUCCAUGCUCCGUUGUCAAGGAACUUGUCGAUAAUGCCCUAGAUGCUUCUGCAUCGUCGGUGAUGGUUGAAAUGUCACAGAAUACCGUCGAUGUAAUUCAGCUCAAAGACAAUGGUCACGGCAUUUCGUCCGAGGAUUAUCCAAAUGUUUGCAAGCGGACUUUCACCAGCAAAAUCCAGACUGUGGAUGACCUUAGGACGAUUGGGGGAGCUUCGCUGGGAUUCCGGGGUGAAGCCUUGGCCAGUGUUGCGGAAUUGUCCGGAGGUGUCACCAUCACCACGCGUGUGGAUUCCGAAGUCGCUGGGUCAUGUCUCAAGUAUGGAAGAGAUGGAGAACUGACUGCGACGCAACGCGUUUCUCAUCCUGUUGGUACGACUGUUCGUAUCACGGACUUACUCAAACACAUCCCCGUGCGCAGGCAGACCGUGCUCAAGAGCGCCGCCAAAACUCUCGCGAGGAUCAAAAAGCUUCUGCAAGCAUAUGCCAUGGCUCAACCUUCAAAGCGAUUUUCGCUGAAGGUUAUGAAGGCGAAGAACGAAAAUGGUAAUUGGAUGUACGCGCCAGGCGCAACUGCAUCCCUCUCGGACGCAGCCAUGAAGAUUGUCGGCACGGAAAUAUCAUCCAGCUGUAUGAUCAAAGAGGCCUCGAUUGCGAAUGAAAUUGGGGAUGGUGAGCCCUCAGAUAAGAAAUUCUACCAGCUGGUUGCAUUUCUCCCAAAAUCAGACACUGACCCCGUCAAAGUGCACAACGUCGGCCAAUUUUUCAGCGUCGAUGGCCGACCUCUAUCCACUAGCAGAGGGAUCGGACAUGAUGUUGUUAAGAUGUUCAAGUCCUACUUGCGUGCUGCUGGGUCAAGAGCCGGUGUGUCCAAAUCGGCCACCGAUCCCUUUCUUUGCGUCCAGCUUCAGUGCCCCCGAGGAACGUACGAUGUCAAUAUUGAGCCAGCUAAAGAUGAUAUCUUGUUUGCGGAUCGAGAUUUAGUCGUGUCGUUGGCAGAACGUCUUUUCCGCGACCAUUAUGGGGAGAUAGAGGGCCAUGACAAGCCCGCCCUAGAUGCGAGGAAAGGAAUAUCCUCACAAGCUGCCACUAUCAAACCUGGCUUUGAAAUAUUAAUGGCUCAGCGUCGCCCUGAACCUGCUGCCCUGGCCCAAGAAUCAGCGAAUGAUGCGGUCGAUCAAACUCUGACCAGUCCUGUUUCGCACAGGUGCUCGCACUCUCCAGAUACUUCUUCUGUGAAUUCUCUCAGCAGUAACACCCCCCGAAGUAUUAAUCCUCACCAAAACGCCGGGUCGAAACGAAAUACUGAAUUCGUCAAUCCAUGGUCCAUCACCAGAAUCAAUGCAUCAUUCUCCACGCCACGUAGGGAACAAGUCCCUCCAUCGAGUACCACUCCUCAGAACUUCUUGACUGGCAGCCCACAAGAACCCGUACCAAGAAGGCCCGGGCCAACUACUUCCAAUAACAUAAACCCUCACAGCCCUGAGCUGCCCAGUCCCCCGACCUCGAGGGUUGCAUCCACAUCACCGGUGCGACGUCGUCAGCGACCCCCAGAGCCUGCCGAGUCAUCUAUCCGGGUCGAUUCACCAGACAGCUCCAGAAGUGCCGCAAGGAAGCGUGAUAGGGAAAGAUAUGGAAACGGGGCUCUCGAUACCUGGUUUCUGAAAACCACACAAGCAUCCCUCGGUCAUGAUACCGCGGAAGAUACUCCCAUGGGAGAAGAAAACGAAGUCCCUUUAUCUCAGCUUUCCCAGGGGAGGUUUGACACACAGACGCAAGAUCCUUCGCCAGGCGAUCGGUCAGCAGUUUCUAAUCCGAAUAUUCAUCUUUCACAAUCCAUAAAUAGUGGCCGAGGUUUCCCAGUGCUUGAAAAAUGGGCGGCCAGUCUACGCGAAGAACCCAACACCGAAGCCUAUCCAGGAUUGGAGAGGGCGCUUGACUUCGAAAAGCGCAAGAAGGAGGCAAUGCAACGACGCCGCACGCACACAGGCAACCGGGACAAACAGCCGGUUUCUGAGAUUGGACAUCCCAGCCAACGCUCGCUUCAUAGCAGUCGUUAUCUUGCCGCCAAAGCAGCAUUAACGUCCGAGCGCAAUUUCACGACCGAGUCCAUCUCCAGGAUGUCACUUUCUCCACACGAUCCACGAGCGUACCUGAUUCACCACCACGCCCAACAAAACUCACAAGAUGGCUCCAAGGCUCGGCGAAUUCAGACUAGCCGCUUGCCGUUCGAGAAGAUACCCGAGGGCCACGAUUUGCAUAAAAUCUGCUUGCCCCAGUCAGCGGAUUUCUCUCAUAUAUCGGGUGCUUUUCAACAUACCAUGCAACAUGAUCUAUACGCUGAAUGUGGAAUUGAGGACGGGGCAUUAUCCGCGUCUCAUGUCGAUGCUCUCUUGCCGUUAUGGAGUCGACGCUUGGCAGCCAUCAUCAACGAGCAGUACAAAACCAGAGACACAUGGCAAUCACCCGAAUGGCAGAUCGAUCUUUCUUCCGUGGUAUUCCAGCACCUACGGAACUCUGACGAGUGUGGAGAUUGA